AUGGCUGCCAUGCCAGACUAUUAUAAGCUUUUAGAUAUUCCUCGGGAUGCUUCUGACAAUGAUAUUAAAAAAGCGUACAGGAAAAAAGCCCUGCAGUGGCACCCAGAUAAAAACCCAGAGAGGAAGAAAUAUGCUGAACAGAAGUUCAAAGAAGUUACAGAAGCUUAUGAAGUGCUGUCAGAUAUUCCUGAAGACGAAUUGAGAUUCAGUUUCCGCAGCCCUUGGGAUGUUUUCCGAGAGAUGUUUGGGACCUCAGACUCCUAUUCUGCCAACAAAGAAGAAGAUGUUCCGUGGUUCUUAAAAGGCCCUUUAUUUUCCAUCUCGAUUUCAGAAGAUUCAGGUGUUUCAAUAACGUUUGGCCCCAAAAGAUCUUUAUGUUUCUUCACUCUUGAUCCUAAAGUCUUCAGUUUAAAAAACAUCAUCACCAGGAAAAGGCCCCCCGAGAGAGAUUCUGAACGAGUAGAAGGAAAAGAAGAGAGAGAACUAAAAUCUGUUGAAGUUCCUGAUGAAGAAGAAAGCAACAAGGUAAAAGCAGUGGACAAAGGAAUACAGGUAGAGGCUGAGUCUGUCCCGGAAUACAAGGAGGAUUGUGGAUCUGGGUUGGAGGCUAAGUCUGAGACUGCUGAUGAAGAAGAUGAGUCCCUGGAUGAAUAUGAGUCCUAUGAUAGAUGGAACAGCCCCUGCAGGGGAUAUGAAGCUGGGAAGGAGGAGGAGCCUUAUGAAUAUCCUUCCUCUUCCCUAUAUGACUCUCAGUAUGAAUCUAGUCCCUGCACUGUUUAUGGCAUGAGUUCUACAAGUACAUCUCCCCAGUACUAUGUAAAGAAAUAUGGGACACAUUAUACAUAUAUCGCCUCUCCGAUAUAUAAGCCCACAAAACCGUAUGAACUCUAUGAUUCACAAUAUGGCUACGAAUGGUCCCCUGCUGAUGAGUCACACUAUGAAUAUGAAGUCUCUCCUCCACCUGAGUCACAAUGUAUAUAUGAAACUUCCUUGGGUCACAAGUCUCGAUAUACCUAUGAUGGCCAUUCUCCAUAUGAAUGGCACUAUGGAUAUGAGACUCCUCCAAUAUACGAAACACAAGAUGAGGGCAAAACUUCCCCAGAAUAUGAGUCACCCUAUGAAUGUGAUUGCUCUCCUACGUAUGACUGGCCCACACAGCAGAAUGAGUCAGACACCAAAGAUGCCUCAACUGAAUAUGAGAUCCCCGCUAACUGGAACCAACUGCAGAAGAAUUGCAAAUCCCCUCUGGGGAACACCGGUUCAGACGAGAAGCCAGACCCUUCUUUUAGAAGUAAUGAUAAUCCCCAAACACUGAAGGGAUUAUCGGACAGGUGUUGCCCAGUAGUUGAAAGCAAGUCCCCUCUGGGCCACAGUGAAGGUUCACCCAAUUCAGUUAGAACCACUCCUCCAAAUUCUCCAACUGUUUCAUCUUCUGAUGAGCAAGGCAACAACCCGCAGGCCCACCCACCAAAUGGAAUAAGCAAACUGUCAUUAGAUAAUACAGACGGGCUCCUCGGUGGCGUGAGGAAAUUUCUGGAUGGAACAAGGAAGCUCUUGUGUCGAGGGAACCAUCUUCCGAAAGACCAAUCCCCAGAGGGAGCCAAAUGGAUCAGCCAACUUCCAAACAUAAACAGCUUGCCCCAGAGGGGGCUGCAUGGUAGUGGAAGUUGUCUUCUGCAUGGGAACACCCUGUUUUUAGACAAGCCCAGCAAGCCCAGAAGGCAGAGGAGCCCAGGCAUGGGCCAAGGAAUCCCACCACUUCUCUCAAGAAGAGGCUAUUGGACGCGAGGGGGAAUGACACCUCGUCUCCCAGAUAUUUCAGGCAGGGUCCCGGGCUCUGUAAAUAGGUUUCCGGGCAGGGGCAACUUCUCUCCCUUGACUCGCCAUUCCAGUUCUUCCUAUAACUCCUAA